ACAGAGAAUGUUUAAAUCAUGUAUCCAUUCAACAUUGUCAAAACGAGACUAAUCUUUGAAAUUACCAACAAUAAUACUUUGGAAAUAUGUUGCUGUGAAAGUGCUAAAAGAGGUCAGUGCUUCCUGAUUUCCCCCUCUCGUCUGAAAUCACACGAAGUUAACGGGACGCUCGCUAGCUCCUGCACGAGCAGUCUUGCUCACAUUUUUCUAGUAUACUCUGCAUUUAUCUUGACGUUAUUCAGCGACUAUGACUCGACCAAAAAAGAAAACUGAGAAUUACGAGGCGAUUGUGAAAAAUCUCGUAGCCGGUGGUGUUGCUGGCAUGUGCUCGAAAACGGCUGUGGCACCUCUAGACAGGAUUAAAAUUUUAUUGCAAGCACAGCAUGAACACUAUAAACAUUUAGGUGUUUUCUCAGGAUUCAGGGAAAUUAUUCGACGCGAAAAUUUCCUUGCUUUAUAUAAAGGCAAUUUCGUUCAAAUGAUCAGGGCAGUGCCGUACGCAGCGAUACAAUUUACGGCAUAUGAACGAUAUAAAAAGCACUUAGAGGGAUUGUUUGAGCAAAGUUCGCAUAUAAAUGGGUUCUUGGCCGGAGCUGCCGCGGGUGUUACGGCGGCUGCAGUUACAUAUCCACUCGACACUAUCAGAGCAAGACUAGCCUUUCAAGUUACCAGCAAUACACUUUACUCUGGAAUCAAACAUGUCGUUGUGAAAAUGCUGAAAGAGGAAGGUGGCUUUCGAGCAUUGUACAGAGGUUUCUGGCCAAAUAUGUUAGGCAUGGUACCAUACGCCGGAUUUUCUUUCUAUACGUUUGAGAAACUAAAAUAUCUAAGUAUGAAAUAUGCGCCGCAUUAUCUUUGUUCCGAGCAUAAAACAAAUACCGGUGGCCUUAUAUUGAAUAUACCAGCAAAAUUUCUUUGCGGAGGUGCUGCUGGUGCUGUAGCACAUACCUUCUCUUAUCCAUUAGAUGUUACAAAGAGACGUAUGCAAUUGGCUAUGAUGAAUCCAACUACAUAUAAGUACGCGUCAGGGAUGUUGUCUACUCUUAGCAUAAUAUACACCGAGAAUGGUAUUGUGAAAGGUUUAUACCGUGGAAUGAGUAUCAAUUUCUUACGAGCAAUUCCCUUCACGGCUGUUGGUUUUGCAACGUAUGAAGUGAUGAAGCAGAUGCUCCAUUUAGACACUGGAAUAAAACUAUAAUUAUAAUUUAUAUAUAUAUUCAGUUGAAUUUUUUAAAUAAAAUAAAAAACUUUUCAAUAUUAAAAUUGUGUAUCAUAUCUAUAACAAUCUAAUUUAUUACGAAACAGAAAAAAUAAACUGCAAAUCGUAUGAUGCAAUAUAUCUUAUUUUAAAUAUUUUAGUUUUUAAAUUAGAAAUUCAUAUAAAAAUGUUACAUAUAUUACGUGAUAUUCAAGAUUGAUAAAUCAAGAAUUAAUACUUUUAAUUUUUUCUAAGAGAAAAAUUUGCAUACAUUGAUAUGUAAAUAUAUAUUAAAAAUUUUUUUUAAUUUGUAAAUAUAAUUAUAGCAAACUAAAUUAAGAUUAUUGAGAAGACAAAUGACAUGUGUUUAAUAUUACAUGUAUCUUACGCAAUUAUAUUGCAUAAUAGAGAGAUUGCAGAUAUUAUACAGAUUGCAUAAUGUUUCGUAAAAAAUAUUAUAUAGAUAUUUGAAUACACAAUAACUCUUGCUCCAAAAUUGAAGGAAUAAAAUUAUCACUCUGAGUGAAUCAUUACUCUGACACGUAACAUGCAUUAUUGUAAUAUACACUAACAAAACUAUAUUUUGCGAAAAAAAAGAAAUAUUCCUGUACAUAUUCUAUAACAUUUAUUUGUACAUAUAACUCAGAGAUAUACUGAUGAAAUUUUAUCUUUAUACAUAUUACUAUUUUUUGUUGUGUAACGUAAAUACAAGUACCAAAUAAUAAACUAAUAAAAUAUGAAUUUUUUAUAUAUAUACAAGAUAAUACUUCAAAUGAUUAAAAACAUGCAUAGAAAAUAAAUUUUAUACACUAAACAUUGUAUUCUUUGCAAAAUAUUGUGAAUAUAUAGAGUGUAAGCAAAACCCUAUCUAAAUGUGAUAAUAUCUCUUUAUUUCUCUAAUUCCUUAUAAUAAGAUGACAUUAUAUAAUUAUAUGUUCAUGGCAUUUUUCUGCUCCUUUUCGCAAAUCUGGACUUAUCUGUGUGUAAUAGCCAGAUUUUGCAAGCUAAAUUAAAAUAUCCAAAUAAAGCUCAUCGCGUAAAGAUUAAGAGAGUAUUGCAUGCUUAUAAUGUGACCCGAUUCUAUAUUUACCGUGUAUAAUCGAUUUAAGUAUUAUUUCAGAUAAGUUAAAAAAUUAUAAAAGCUAUCACAAAAAAUUUUUAGUUUAUUAGGAUAUACAAAGUUUGCUCCACACAUAUUGUAAUAUUCGAAUUAACCAUAUAAAUUUCUAUAAAGUUAAAUCUAAAAUGAAACUAAUUUCUUUCUCUCUCUCUUUCUCUCUCUCUCUCAAACAGUUAAGAUUAUUGUAUAUGCGUAUAUUAAUGACUUAUUUAAUUUAUACAGUACGAGGAUUUUUCAAAAUUUAGAUUAACAAAAAAUAUUCAAUGCAUCGAUGGAUCUCUAAGAAUACAAGAUGUUCCAUUUUAA